CACCCCCCCUCUAGCGUUGGUCUUUUAUUCUAACAAUUGGUAUCAGAGCCCAACUCGCGUCUAAACUUAACCGUUUGAGAGUAAAGCGAUCAUGGGUUCUUCUUCUAGAAAUCUUUAUGCAGGAAUUGGAGAAGGUCAAUCAACAUCUAGGCCACCGCUUUUUGAUGCCACCAACUACACAUAUUGGAAAGAGCGGAUGAGAAUUUAUAUCCGCUCAACCAACUUCCAGUUGUGGUUGGUCAUCAAAAACGGCGAAGAAACGCCAAUGAAGAAGGUCGAUGAAAAACUUGUCCCAAAGACCGAAGACGAAUUUGAUGCCGAAGACAUCAAGAAGGUGGAGAACUACGCCAAGGCAAUCAACAUGCUGUACUGUGCAGUCAAUCCUGAUGAUUAUCCAAGAUCUCUUGCUGCACCACUGCAAAAGAAAUGUGGGACAAGCUGGAAGUCACAUAUGAAGAAGAAGGGAAUAGCACUGAAAGCAACCAAGGAGACCGUGGAAGAAGACUCAAGCGAUGAUGACAACGAGUUCGGACUCGUCAUCAAGAAAUUCCACAAAUUUAUGAAGAAGGAAUUUGAGCGCAAAGGAAGAAAGCAGGAUGGUCCCCCGAAGUGCUAUGGCUGUGGUGAGAUAGGCCACAUCAAGCUGAGGUGUCCAAAAGGCAAAAGCGGCAAGGACAAACCCGGCUUCAAAAAGCAACGCGCCUACAUCUCAUGGGGUGGCGACUCCGGAGAUGAGUCAACGGAUCAAGAAGAGGAAGAAGCUGCCAACCUCUGUCUCAUGGCACACGAAGACCACGUCAACGAAGUACAAGAGAGGAAGACACUUGGCUAUGGCACCGAAGGGUAGCUCAUAUGAACAUGAACCUUUUGAACAAAUUGGUUUCACAAAA